CGUUUCGAAAGGGUCAGCUCAGUCUCUUUCAAGACGAGUUCGGAGUUGAACGUACACUGAUUCAGUUUCGGUUCCAAGUGCUAAUCUUUGGGAUAUCACAAUCAAGAUGAUGUUGAUCCAAGUCUUUUCAGCCUUCAUGGUCUUGACACUGACAUUAGACAGAACAUACGGCAAACCCCAAGGGGAAGAUUUGACCAAUGAAACCGUCCUUCCCGUUCUCCCGGAAGAAGAUAUCAAGUACAGUUUCUUUCCUGAAAUCAAUAGCGAAUUCGCUAUUGAUGCCAAGGAUACUGGCGCCACCAUUCGUGGCAUGUUUGGCAUCACCGACUACCAAGGUAUCUUCAUGUACACCACCAUCAUUGUGAGUUUUUUGACGGUUCUGGCCAAAUCCAUGGGAAUCACGUUGUUCCCAGGGCUUACUGCAACAUUGGAACGUCUCACCGAUAGACUCGAUAUUGGUGUCAACGGUAUUAAGGAGGGUGUGGCCACGGUUAAAAAACAGAUUCGAGGGCGAGGUCUGCCCUUGGACGAAGUUGCACUCGAUUCCAUCACGGAUGUUGUGUACAAGGCUCUCGAUGCGUACGAGGGUUUUAACGAGAUCCAAUGAAUCGUAGACUAUGUACUCUGUAGUGUGCUUUGAAUUCUAUUGGAAAUAAAUAAAUAAACGCCUUUUGUCCAAGAGACCGACUACUAGAGACAGGCGUUUUUUUUAUUGGUA